AUGCGUCGGUACUUCGGGCGCUUUGCCAGUCGCCCGCGUGUGGCCGUUGGCCACCAAACGCCACCACGCUCCGUUCCCAAGACUAUUGUCCACCCUCCGUACGCGGCAAGCGGUGGCAUGUCGGACUUAAAGCCCUUUAUUCCUAUCUUAGAUACUGAGCAGCAGCAACGACUGCGUGCCGCCUGUGCUUUAGCUGGAUAUAUUCGCGAGUUUGCCAAGCCUUUGUGCCAGCCAGGAGCUACGACGGAAGACAUCGAUCGCCUUGUGCAUGAAGAGAUCGUGCGGCGUGGUGCCUACCCAUCUCCUCUUAACUAUGGCGGCUUUCCCAAGGCGGUGUGCUGCUCCGUAAACGAGAUUGUGGUUCACGGCAUUCCUGACAGCAGACCGCUUGCAGACGGAGACAUCGUCAACAUUGACGUCUCCGUCUUUUUGAACGGAUUCCAUGGGGAUACCUCGCAGACUUUCUUGGUGGGAAGCGUGGACAAUGCCGGGAAACACCUGGUGGAUGUAACCAACAAGGCGCUAUUAGGCUCCAUCAAGCAAUGUUGCAAGCCGCUUAAUCGCUUCGCGACGAUCGGAGACUUUGUGCAGACGCUGGCAGCCCAGGAAGGACUGGAUGUUGUACGGGAAUACACUGGUCAUGGCAUUGGCAAAGAGUUCCACUGCCUACCUUUCAUUUUACACCACCGUAAUAAUAAGCCGGGUAAGAUGCUGCCGGGCAUGGCAUUUACAGUGGAGCCGGCGCUGACGGAAGGCAGCCCGAAGAUUGUUCACUGGGAUGACGGUUGGACUGUAGCCACGGCAGACGGCGGAAGAUCGGCGCAAGCGGAGCACACGGUGUUGAUUACAGAAAGCGGCGUCGAUAUUUUGACGUAG